GAGUAAAUAUGUCCACAAAUCUUUGAUCUCCCUAGAUUUUUACAAACUUUAUUAUUGCCUAUCAUGCCAUACCCUAGGUGCAUUCUCACUCCCUAUAUAAGUAGCCCUUUGCGACCUCUGUUUUCACAACAUACCAACUCUGCUUAACUGUCUUUUUCUUGUAAGCUCUUCGCUUCAAGCCAUUGACAUCCAUUUUCACAACUUAUUGAAGUCAACAAAAAAUACCUCAUCAUGAGCUCAAUGUCGUCUCAACAUGGUUCUUCAGGGUCGUGGACAGCAAAACAGAACAAGGCGUUUGAGAAGGCAUUGGCAGUGUAUGACAAGGAAACUCGUGAUCGUUGGUCUAAUAUUGCGAAAGCAGUUGGAGGUAAAACUGCUGAAGAAGUGAAACGACACUACGAAAAACUUCUGGAGGAUGUUUUUUAUAUCGAGAGUGGUAGGGUGCCCUUCCCCAAAUACAAGAAUACUGGAGGAAGCCAUUCCACUUCUGACUAACACUAUUAUUAAAGGAUGCAAAAUCUAACACUUCAUUAAAGCAAUGACGUCAAUAAGCAGACAGAAAAAAUAUUCAGCAAUGAGUUUAUAUCUGGCUGCAAGAAAGUGCAAAAUCCUUUGCCUUGAACCCGACUUUCUUAAUUUUUAAUUCAAGUUGUAUAUUUAAUUUCUUCAUCUAAUUACUUUUAAAGACUGCUAUUGUGAGUCUUAUAAUUGUCUACUGAAGGAAUCAUUUGAAUUC